AUGGCGGGUGUAAGCGGCUGCAUGAAGUACUCCAUGUUCAUCUUCAACUUCUUCUUUUGGGUGUGUGGUUCCGUUAUUUUGGGAGUCUCUGUAUGGAUACGUGUUAGCAAAAACGCUCAGCAGGAGUUGGAGAUAGACAACAGCCUGUUUGCAGGGGUUGAUCUGCUGAUAGCCGUGGGCUCCAUCAUUAUGGUCCUUGGGUUUCUGGGGUGCUGUGGUGCCAUAAAGGAGAGCCGGUGCAUGCUGCUGUUGUUUUUUAUUGGACUGCUUCUGAUCCUGAUCCUUCAGAUCACAGGAGGUAUUUUAGGAGCUGUGUACCGAUCUCAGAUUGAAACAUCGCUUAACAAGACUCUCCAGGCGAGUGUGAAUUCAUUGCAAAGCUCUACAGAAGAAUCUAAAGCGUUUCAAGAGAAGUUCCAGAAGUUUGAGAGAAUGAACGAGUGCUGUGGUUUGCUGAAUGGACCUGCAGACUGGGGAAAAAAUUUUAAUAGUGGUACUGGUAGCAAUAAAAUCUGUCAGUGUCAACUAGAGGACCUAUCACCAAACCGCUGCUUCAUGUUUCAAGGCAGAUACGUUUAUAAAGAGCCUUGUGGAAAUGUGAUUGCCGAUUACCUUAAAGACCAUCUGCUGAUAAUUAUGGGGAUCGCCUUUGGACUGGCCAUUAUCGAGAUUCUCGGUAUGGGGUUUUCUAUGAGCCUCUACUGCCAGAUCCAGAAAAAAUGA